CUGGGGGCCGGGAGCCACAGGGCGGGGGCUGCUCUGGCAUUGCCUCAUGGUCUGGGCUGCAAUCCUGAUCCUGACUGUUGGUGUGACUCUCACCGUCUUCAUCAUCCAGUUUAAUCUCCGAGUUGGAGUGGGAGGCGGGGAUGGGGACUUGGGGGCAGUGACCAGCCGGACCCCCACAAGCAAUAACCAGACGACUCCCACAGCCCCUCCCUCACUGGGCGCAGAGCAGGCAGAGCCCCCGACACCCUCAGCAGCCUCCAGCACCUCCCCUUUUUGCGGUGGGACCCUGCGAGCCCCCAAAGGCUCUCUCUCGGCCCCAGCCCCCUCUCCCGGGUGGCUGCGGUGCGUGUGGUGGAUUGAAGGGGGGCCGGGAUACGUGGUUCAGCUCAAAAUCCUGGUGCUGAGCGGGGAGUGUCACCGCACCUGGCUGGAGCUCACUGAGGAGCCCGGAGACGGACAUCACUCCCGCAACAUCGGCAGAUUUUGUGGGAAUGUCUCUCCCCCGACAGUGAACACCAACUCCAGCCGCCUCCGCGUCUCCUUCCUGUCUGAUGGCACCGGGAGAACCCCGGGCUUCACCGCAAGUUACCAGCUCAUCCCGCCCAGCGCCAGGAGCUGUGACCGGGAGGAGUUCCUGUGUGACUCCGGCCAUUGUGUCCCGGCCGGCGCCCGCUGUGACGGUCACCCCGACUGCACAGAUACCACAGACGAGGAGAACUGCUCCCGGGAGCAACCGGGUUGCGGGGGGUUACUGACGGCUCCGGAAGGUUCUCUCUCCUCUCCGCACUAUCCGGAGCUGUACCCUCAUGGGCAG